AUUACAGUGAGGAAAGUAUAUGCAGCAAAAUGUUUGUAUGGUUUGUCACUCUUGCAUGCUUGCAGGCAUGUCUCAUUUUUGUCGAAACAGAAUCCUUCUUUUUUUGGUGGUCUCUGAAGUGAUUUCCCUGUGUGAAAAUUGGCAGGGCAUCCAGGUAAUUUAUUAGCCAAGGUCCUGCAUAAAACAUAUAUACAUUUGUGCCGAUCACAUUGUUGAGGCAGCUCCUCUUGCUACUUAAAUGAAUCAUUAAACGAGCAUACAGCGACUGGCUCUUUAAUAUUAGAGCUGUGUUCAUCUACAAUAGGUGUCACUGUGCUGCCGGUCCAAUCGUUCUUUGUGACUUCAGCCAUUGGCUUAGAAUGUGGCUUGUCUGACUCCCAUCUGCAGGGCUCUAACACCUCCUGUGCUCCGACCCAUUCAGCACACAACUUGAGCCAGCCGACAAACAGGCAGCAGUGUCAGCAUCACAUCCUCUCUGCUUGCCACAGCGGCUUCAGGUGAUUCAGCCUGCAGCCGUUUAGGGAAAGCUCUCGCAAGCAAAUGAAACGGGAAAUCAUGAUGGGGAGGAGUUUAACUGAUGAAGUCCUGGAUCAAACUUAAAAAGCAAACAUCUUAUCCAGCACACUAAGGGGGGGAAAAAGGUCACCUUGUCUUGCUAGGAAAGAAGCACAAUCUCAGUUUUGCUGCUCUUUUGUUUAGUACCUCCUGCUCUCUCUGUUUAUCUAGUUAGGCUAUCUGAUUACACAGACAAGGAUACUCAUGGUAGAUGACAAGGGAAAGAACAUGAAAUGUCUCACCUUCUUCUUGAUGCUUCCAGAGACAGUUAAGAACAGAUCCAAGAAAAGCUCUAAGAAGGUAAACAGUAGCAGCAGCAGCACCACCAGCAGCAGUAGCAGCAGCAGUGGAAGCAAGUUACCCCCAGUUUGCUAUGAAAUCAUUACCUUGAAGACUAAAAAGAAGAAGAAGAUGGCUGCUGAUAUUUUCCCCCGAAAGAAGCCGGCUAACAGUAACACGACUGCUGUCCAGCAGUACCACCAGCAAAACAUCAAUAACAACAACAUUAUCCCAGCUCCCAACUGGCAGGGGCUGUAUCCCACCAUCCGAGAAAGAAAUGCAGUGAUGUUCAACAAUGACUUGAUGGCAGAUGUUCAUUUUGUGGUUGGGCCACCAGGUGGGACUCAGCGAUUGCCAGGACACAAAUAUGUCUUAGCCGUGGGAAGCUCUGUAUUCCACGCAAUGUUUUAUGGAGAGCUUGCUGAGGACAAAGAUGAAAUCCGUAUACCAGAUGUGGAGCCUGCUGCUUUCCUCGCUAUGCUGAAAUACAUAUAUUGUGAUGAAAUUGACUUGGCUGCUGAUACUGUUCUGGCAACUCUUUAUGCUGCCAAGAAGUACAUCGUUCCUCACCUCGCCCGAGCAUGCGUUAACUUCCUAGAGACGAGCCUAAGUGCAAAAAAUGCUUGUGUGCUUCUCUCCCAGAGCUGCUUAUUUGAGGAACCAGACCUGACCGAGCGAUGUUGGGAAGUGAUUGAUGCCCAGGCAGAGCUGGCUUUGAAAUCUGAAGGGUUCUGUGACAUUGAUUUUCAAACACUUGAAAGCAUUCUCCAAAGGGAGACCCUGAAUGCCAAAGAGAUUGUGGUUUUUGAAGCUGCUCUUAGUUGGGCUGAAGUAGAGUGUCAACGGCAAGAAUUGCCUUCCAGCAUAGAAAACAAACGUAAAGUCCUUGGGAAGGCACUUUAUCUCAUUCGCAUCCCUACGAUGGCUCUUGAUGACUUUGCAAAUGGUGCUGCUCAGUCAGGUAUUCUGACCCUCAAUGAAACAAAUGACAUUUUCCUUUGGUACACAGCUGCUAAGAAACCAGAGCUGCAGUUUGUGAGCACUGCCCGGAAGGGCCUCGUUCCACAGCGUUGCCAUCGCUUUCAGUCUUGUGCCUACCGCAGCAACCAGUGGCGCUACAGAGGUCGUUGUGACAGCAUACAGUUUGCAGUUGACAAGCGAGUUUUCAUUGCUGGGUUUGGGCUCUAUGGCUCUAGCUGUGGAUCAGCAGAAUACAGUGCAAAAAUUGAACUCAAACGGCAAGGUGUGAUUCUAGGACAAAAUCUAAGCAAAUAUUUCUCAGAUGGAUCUAGCAACACUUUCCCAGUGUGGUUUGAGUAUCCAGUGCAGAUUGAACCAGAUACCUUUUACACAGCGAGUGUAAUUCUGGAUGGUAAUGAACUCAGCUAUUUUGGACAGGAAGGGAUGACAGAAGUUCAGUGUGGCAAAGUAACUGUACAAUUCCAGUGCUCUUCAGACAGUACCAAUGGCACUGGAGUUCAGGGAGGGCAGAUUCCAGAACUCAUCUUUUAUGCCUGAAAGAAGAUGGGUUUCUGAACAAGGAGAGUGCGAGUCUAUGAUUUGUAUAUCUGGUUCAAACCUAUUUGAUGCUUAGCUUGUCAUCUGCAGGUAUGAUGUGAUCAGUACAGGUAAUAUGUUCCUGCAUUUGAUGGUGUAACAUAAUCUGCACUUUUAUAGCCUAAAUAUAUUGUUCUUUUAUUGGAAAUUCCCAAGAGAUAAAAAUAAGCUAGCAAAUUAAAGGCCAUAGUUUCCCAACCUUAUCAUAGGUGGGAUGGCCUUAGGAAUAGAAGAGCAAAUAGAUGCCCUCGUGUGUCAAAGGCUCUUCAACUUCUAACUUGUUACUUUCCGCUGUUCUUUUGAUUUAUGUUUUUGUUCCCUCCAUAUGGAAGGCUUUCAGGCAUUUUAAGGUUAAAGGUAGUUUCGGCCUGCUGUUUCUUAUGGUGCUAUCUCUGGACUCAAGUUGGCUUGAAAGUCUUCCAGAUGGACUUAUAAAAGGUCCUCCUGCAUAUGCUACUUUGACGUUGGAGAAGUCUAUUCAAUGAGAGGACCUACUUCUUUCCACGCAACUGGAUCAAGAGGUGAAGUGUUGAGUAAUAUGGAAGAUAGGAUUAACACUUGACCAUCCUGUAAAUUGAUUAUUUUUGUAAAUGGCAUCAACAAAAAAACCUACCACUUCAGGUAGCAAAGUGGCUGUUUGCUCCAAUAUAAUUCUCUAAAGCUAUUUCCCAAGCACACUUUGAAAAGUCUGGGAAUAGUGUCAUCCAUACUUUAGCCACUUGCCUGGUAUUGCACUAUUUAAUGCUUGGAAAAGUUACUUUUGGAAUGAACCCCGACUCUCAGAAUCCCCCAACCUGCAUAACCAGUUCUGGGAGCUGUAUUUCCCAAAGAGUGGCUUCUCCAAGCUCUGGCACUGAUGUGUUGAAAUAAGUGGAGUUUACAGCAUUACAGUGCCUCAGUAACAGUAGCUCCUCUCCUUUGAUAAAGAGUGUUUCCCUAUUUAAUCAAGUUCAGCAGGCAUUACAUUUGUUGAGUUUUAUGGAUCCAGGUCCAGUCCCUUUCCCAUUAAAUCAGACAAUCUAACAAAAUUCAGAUAAUGAUAUCCUCCUCCUUUUCUUUUUCUUUUUCUUUUUCUUUUUGGGGUGGCUUUUACUUUCCCAUUGGUAGUUUGGAAACUUUAGUAUGAGAUUUAUUUUCCCAUCUGAGUAUAUAUAUAUUUUUAAAAAUUGACAUGCUUGCAGAAUUAUAUUGCUAUAAAUUGGUAUGGAAUGUAUUAGCUCUCUGGUGGCAUUUUCUUUUUCCUUUUAACUCAAACCUGAAUAUUAAUUCCACCCAAAUUAAAUUAACAAAUUGAGUGGUUAAAAGAGAAAUAAGUAGGUUCCACUUCUUCAUAUCUGGAUAAGUACCCAAACCUAGACAUAAUAUAGUUAACAAUAUGUUCACCCAAGUUUUUUUGUUUUUUUGAGGGAGGAGUAGAUACUCCAGUGUUCUACAAUAUAAGUCUCCCCCCCCCCAUUAUUAUAUAUCUGUGGGAUCUGACAGUAACAUGGAUGGUAUUACUGCUGUUUAUAUGUUUAUUUUCAACUGCUGGAUACUGCUUUUUAGCCCACCUGUAAAUGUACAGCCUAGAAUACCUAUUAAGAUGAUUCUCUGAAACACUUUCAUUUACCCAUUUAUAAACUACAGUUUAUAGGUAGGUUUUGGAUUUAUUAUUAUUAUUAUUUUGGUGUGAUUAUAAUGAAAUUGGUACUAAGCAGCAUUGCCUGAAGGAAAAAAAAUGAAAAUUUGCAGUUUAUAUUUUGCAGUCUUCAUUCAGAUCUGAAAUUCAUUUUUUCAUUGUCCAGAAGUACAUUUGUUAAAUUGGUUGUCAGGUUUCCUGUAGAACCGUCUGCAUUCUUAACAGGAAGGGGCUGUAAGCUGCCUGGCAGUAGAAUAAAUAAAGAAAAGGAAAGUAGUAUGACUGGAUGAUACAGAGCAAUUCAAUUUCGGAGGAGGGGGGGAGGCACACUUUCAUAAAGGUAAGUCAUAACUCUUUCUGAUAGGAAGUUGCUCACAGUCACAUUCCAAAGCUAAUUUGUUCCAAUUUUCUGUUUGCAAAGGGGAGUUACAGUUUCCCUCCUCCUGCCACCAUUUUAGGUUGAGAACAAAGUAGUUUCAUAGUUAAGCAAGCAUGAAUCUUCUUGUCAUAUUGUUCAUGGUUUUAGUGGGCACCCUAACAUGCAAUUUAAUCAUUAGGCUAAUUAUUAAAAUUGAGGAUUUCUCCCACAUACAUGUUUAGUUGAUAUCUGCCUAGAGUCUUUCAAACUAAAUAAUUUUACCUGCUGGAAUCCAGGCUGCUAGUAGGUCUUUAAGUGCCAUUAAGUAUCAGCAGUGUCCAAAAUAUGGUUUGGAAUUGCCACUUAAAUUGGACAUGAGAAACCUUAACAUUGAAACCAGCCAUUUGUCAUACACCUAGAAUGCAAAGCAAAGCAAGGUGUGUGCUGUACUUCAGGAACAAAUGUUAUUCUUACCUUUUUAAUUAUUUCAAAUAAUUAUAUA